UCAGCUCAACUCGUUAAAGUUUCGAGUCAAGCUACCACGAACCGAGUUUUAACUGAAACGAUCACGAACUAUUCGUAAAUAGAUCAGGCUUAUUAUCACUUGAAUACAUUGAGACGUACCUAGCAAAAAAAACACUAUCGAAACCCUCUCUACUUCACCCAAAACCCUCUAGACUUCACCCAAAACCCUCUACUUCCUUGCCUUAUACAAUUUUUUGGGUCCCAAACUUACGCUGCCUUGUACAAGAUCCACUUUGGGUUGUUUCCCUGUUUAAUACAAGGGGUUUUAAAUGGAAAAUUUUAUCUAAUUAUGGCAGCUUUCAACGUUUCAUAAUAACUGAUCACACUCAUUGCUCUUUAUGGAACAUUUUUCCUUCUAAAUUAGGGCCAAUUAAGAAUUUGCAAGCCGAUUCACUUUGAUCUUGAGAGAAAUCCCUUAUGAUUUUUUUUUUCUUUCCCUUAUUUUGGAAUUACAAUUUCAUUCAUUAAACAUGAUAUACUCUUUCUCAUGCCCUUUUGAUUUCAUCAUCAUUAUUAUCAUAAUCAUUUGUAUUUAUUAUGGGUUUCAUAUUUCAUGGGAUGUCUCUAUUUCUGCUGCUUUGUUCUUUGAAGAUAUGCUGAAGGAGAAAUUUCAUUAUUACCCAAUUAUUACAAGGGCACCUCCAAAUGUGGAAGCUUUUUCAUUCUCUGGGUUUUCAUCACUGCAAAAACUUAGGGUUUUUGAUGGCAAUAUAGAGUGGGAAGAAUUACUGAGUCCUUGGUAUCAGAAUUUUUAGCAUUGCACUUUCAGUUACUCAAUUGUAGAUACAAAUGUCCAAUUCCUGGGAAAAAGUUCGCAGUUUUUUGGAUAUGAUGGAUAUCCAAGGUUUAUGCUCACCUCUUCCAUCAUCUUUUUCAUCUUCCUCGAGCUCUAAUUGCGACUUGCAUCCUUUAUCGAUUAGUGUCAGAAGAUGGCAAGUGGGUGAAAGAAUAGCUGGGCAGAUACUGUCUGUCAUCCAGGCUAAUGCAGAUUCUGAGAAUAGGAGGAAACAGAUCAUUGAAUAUCUUCAGACGCUUAUUGAAGAAGCUUUUGGAAUUAAGGUCUUUCCCUUUGGUUCUGUGCCUCUGAAAACUUACCUUCCUCAUGGAGACAUUGAUUUGACUGCAGUAAGUCAUUCUAGUAGUAGCCAAGACUUAGCUGCAGAUAUCUGCAGUCUCUUAGAAAAUGAAGAGAAGAACAACACUGGUAUCCAAGUGAAGAAUGUGCUUUGUGUUCCUGCACAGGUCAAAGUUGUUAAAUGCACAGUGGGUGGUAUUUGUGUAGACAUAUCCUUCAACCAAACAGCCGGACUUUGUGCCUUGUACUUCCUUGAGCAGGUUGACAGAUAUAUUGGCAAAAAUCAUCUCUUCAAGCGCAGUGUGAUUCUGAUCAAAGCAUGGUGUUAUUACGAGAGCCGGAUACUUGGUGGAUUCCAUGGUCUAAUAUCAACAUAUGCUUUGGAGACUAUGGUCUUACAUGUUAUCAAUCUCUACCAUUCUUCAUUACAUUGUCCUUUAGCAGUCUUGUAUAAGUUUUUAGAAUACUACAGCACAUUUGAUUGGAACAGUUAUUGCAUUGGAAUUGAUGGUCUUGUCUUAAUAUCGUCCCUUCCAAAUAUAGUGGUGCAACUACCACAUGACACUGAUGACUUACUGCUGACUGAUGCUUUUCUGAGGAGUUCUAGAGAAGCAAUCUUAUCUUCUAUGGGAGUUGUUGUAACCAUAAAUUCAGUGUUUCCUGUAAAGUUUCUCAACAUUUUGGAUCCUCUUAGAGAAGACAACAACCUAGGGCGCUCUGUUAGCAAGGGUAACUUCUACCGAAUCAGAAGUGCUCUCUCUUAUGGUGCUCAAAAGUUGGGUGACAUUUUGAUGUUACCCCUAGAAAAUAUGAAGAAUGGCCUCGAGUUGUUUUUCAAGGAUACACUGGAGAGAAAUGGAAAAGGAUGGCGGGCAGAUGUUGUAGUUCCCGUAUCAGCAUAUGGUUCUGAAAUAUCUUCUGGCGAAAAUGGUGGCGAUCAUCUUCUUUCUGGAAUUCAGUAUGGUCUGUGGUUCGAUGAUUAUGGCGUUAUGUAUCCUGCACAGCCUAAUAUAUCAGUAAAUCAUCAAGUAUUAAAUUAUCGUUGGGUGGAAAGGAGUCAUAAUGCGCGGUUCGAUCAAAACGUGUAUUACAGUAUCAAUAAAAACCCACCAUCUUCUGUGAAUGGUCUUAGAAGUAUCCCACUAACUGAAGCAGCUUCUGUUAAAGAGAACAGGAAAUCGAGGGGAACGGGGACAUACAUACCCCAUCUUGAGCAUCUCAUCCGGAGGAAUAUAAUUUUGGAGGCUACUAAAGAGGAACAUAAAAGUGAAAAGGAACAGGAAAGGGUAAAGGAGGUUGAAACAGUGGACUCUCCAGCUUGCACUCCGCGAGAGGCAAAUCUGUCUUCCGAUGAGGGUGCAAAUGUUGGCAUCUUCAAUUUUUCCAUAGAUGAAUUUCCUGUUCUUCCUGGUAGUAAGCCCAUACCUAUUAAGGUCAGCCAACCGGAUUCCCUUGAUCCUGAUGAGGUCAAAGAGACAUCAGCUUCAUUGGAUAGCCUCGAGUGUGCUAGCUCUAAAAAUUCCUCACCGAGAUCUCUAUCACAGUCAGAAGCUGGCAAGCAGUCAGAUUGUGAUGUUUUAGAUAUUCUGGGCUUAGUGAUUGACCCAACAACCGAGACAGUAGUGGAAGACCAAAAUUCAUCUAAGAGCGAGGAACAACUGGCGGUCCCAGUGCAGCCGCUGCAGCUGGAAGAUGACAAGGAGUUUCCUCCUCUAAGCCGACCUCCAGAACCUGUGAUAAUGUUUAGUAGGAAAGAAUUCCCUCCUCUUCGCACAUGUUUGAAAUCACAAAAAAGCCGUAAAUGGAAGAAAGACUUCAAAGAGGUGCAUAAGGGGGUGUAGAGAGGAACUGAAGCUCACAUAAGGUACUAAAACAGAAAAAAAAUACACUAAUCUUUAGAUUAUACCUGAUGGACUGACAGGAAAGUGUUUAUGGCUCUGAUUGAUAUUAAAAAGGAUCGGAAGUUGCACGCUAAUUUGAAUUAUAUGAUGAUCAUCAAAGUGAAGAAACUAGUGAUCGCUGGUUUGAACUUACCAUUGAAGUAGAAGCCGCGGCUGUGUAAACUUUGUGGCAUUUUGUGCAAUUAGCUUAGAAUGAGGUGCUAAGGAACUUUUGGGUAUAGUUGUUUGUUGAAUCCAGGGAAGUUAAGUCUUUCGAGUUCGAGAGGAUUUUAUAUACUUGUAUUUGAGCCAUUAUGUUCAUUGAGUUGUUUUGGCAAACAAUUUAAAAGGUACAGAGCAUGUUCUGCUCUAAAAAUUCAUUAGGACAAAAACAAGUUAUUGGAUUUAAAAUCUUGAAAGAGCCUUUAAUUUUUAGUAUUAAAAAGCUGCUUUUUGUUUACAUUA